AUCAUGGACUUUCACAAUUGCAUUUCCCCCGCUUUUCCUGCCACCAAUCGGCAUUCGACCACGCCACUACAGCAACCAUAGUUCCUGUUGCUGAAGUUGCGAACCACAACAAAAACAUUGGCUGUUAUUGGCUCUCAUCGUACAAAAAAUAAGCAGGGAAGGGGGAAUUUUCCGAUUGUUUGGUUUGGUUUGAUAACAAUUAAUUUUGGCGUCACAUAACUAGUAAUACAUGGGUCACAGUGCAUAUAAGAGCAACAGAUCUCAUAGCGCUUCGUCUGGUUUAUAUAGCGCGGCAAACGUUGAAUUCGAUCAAGGUGAUUUUUUCUUUGUUUUUUUGUUCCCGAAGAGAGCGCGAAAAUGGAGGGAAACGAUAACGCAAAGAGUUUGCAAAAACAAUUCGAACAGAACAGCGGAGUGCUUCAGCAGUUAAGGAUGAAAUUCGAACGGAAGAUUGAUUGGGAUGUUAUUUUGUCUGUGGCGUUUGAGACGGGAUUCGAAUUACGGAAGGCCACUACCUGUUUGAAUGAUAUAACAAACAGCACAGCUAUGUCUGAGGUUAAGGCUGGACUCACAGGGAACGAGAAUUUAGAUAGGAUCGUAGGGACCUUGAAGAGGGGAAUUAAAGUGUUGAUUAUGCUCAGAGGAUUACCGGGUAGUGGUAAAAGCUACUUGGCAAAUAAAAUUGUGCAAGAGUCCAUUGGUAAUAAUUGCACAUUGAGCGAUCACAUUUUGAGUGCUGAUGAUUACUUCUACAGUAAUGGAAAUUACAAGUAUGAUGGCAAAUAUAUAACUGAGGCUCACAGGUGGAAUCAAACGAGGGCUCAUCGUUUGAUGCAUGAUGGUGUCAGUCCUAUUAUUAUAGAUAACACUCAUACACAGAUGUGGGAAAUGAAACCUUACUGUAUUUGGGGGGUGCAAUAUGGUUAUAUGAUAGAAAUCAUGGAGCCUGACACUCCUUGGGCUUUCAAUGAAAGAGAACUGACCAAGAGAAACAAACAUGCUGUACCUAGAAGUAAAAUCAGGGAUAUGUUGGAUAGGUAUGAGAAGAACUUGACAGUCCAUAGGAUAUUUAAUGAAUUUGAAUUGCGUUACGGUGAUGGGAAAUUGCCGCCGCAGCCCAGGAAAUAUCCACCUAUUCUCAAAGAGGAAAUCUACAUAUCUGAUGAUGAAGAUGUAGACAUAGUUAAUAAGGAGAACAACUUUAGGAUGGAAAAUGAACAAGCUUGGCAGUCUAUUGAUGUGAAUAGUAAGGCGUAUGCGAACGUUGAAACGAAUUUCGAUUAUAAAGAUAUUGAUGAUCCGUCAUUAAAAGUGAUCAUAGCUAGAAACAAUUUUAACAACGUCGCGAUUUUACCUCCGAUGUACAAAAAGAGCGGGUUUCUGGAUAAAGGUACCAUGACAGAUGACGAAGAAAAUGGUAUAGACGAAUUAUCGCUGGAUCAUUUAGUCGGCCUAUUUGAUAACAAAUACCCUUUGGAAUAUAUAGUAGAGAUCUACGAAAAGUGCAAUAAAAGUGUCGAAUGGGCAAUCGAAAUUCUAUUGGAAAAUAAUAAGGAUAUCUUGGAGAAUUACAAGCCACCACCAAAGCCCAAAUCCAUGGAAAUCGAUGAAUCCGAAGAUGUGGAUUAUGAGUUUAUCGAAGUAGAUGAUGGCUCUUCAGAUGAAGACAGGAAACGCUUGCAGAUUGAACGGCAAAACCUCAAGCAAAUAAUCGAGGCUAACGUUGAUUUCAAUGAUGAACACUACUCAGAACACGUAUUGCAAUUGAAGCACAAAGGGAAGAAGAAGAAUGUGGUGUCGCCCAAAGCAAGCACUUCUAGGGAGGAGAACAAAGAAUCGGACGAUAGCGAUGUGAUUAUCGUCGAUUCCGAUCCUGAUUUUGAUGAUAGCGAAGAAUUUAUCGAAUUCAAUUUGGGAGAGGUGUUCGUUGCGCAACUGGAGCAGAAGUUUGGUGAUCCAAACAUAAAAUACCCUCAAGGAUUUCUACCCAUCAUUGAAAUGCCUAAGUCUUUGGGUAAACAGUUGCACGCUAUGUACGUGGAAUCGAUCUUCAAGCAGAUGGACGCGCAGAACGCAAUAUUAACUAACAUGAUAAGGGAAGAUGAGGAGCUUGCAAGGCAGUUGCAGCAAGAGGAGGGCCGCAUAACGCCAAAUUUCAAAACCAUUAUGUCCGAGCAGAAAGUUCUAUCGAAGCAACAGAGCCUCAACGAGGAAUGGAAGAAGCAAACACCAGAUGAUAUCGCUUACAAAAUGAGCAAACAUAAGUUGCUGGAAUCGUUCCCUGACAUUCCUAGCCAUGAUUUAAUAGAAAUCCUCCAUGCCCACGGUAAUUCUUAUACACAAACGGUGGAAGUGCUACGGCAAUCAGGUGCUAUGAAAGUGAACAACCUGAACGUUAGCGAACCGCCAAUCUCCGAAGAAACCAUGAUAGAAAUGCGCGAAGCUCAGAAAUCCAAUGAGUUCAAAGAACAAGCGGAAGUAAAAAGAACGGCGGACGAAUUGCGCGAGGAAGCUGCAGAGUAUCAUAGACGAAGAAAGGAGUUGCUUCAGAAGGCUCAGCUUUAUCAGCAGAGGAAGAUGACCGAAGUCGCAAUGUAUUAUUCAAACUUGGCGUCUCAGCAGACGCAGAAGUUCGAACGUGCAAACAAUGAGGCUGCAAACGUGAUCUUACACGAGCAUUUUAACAGGCUGGGAGCUUUCGACACAUUGGAUCUGCACUAUUUGCGCGUCCCCGAAGCACUGGCAGCGUUGGACAUGUUUCUGGAUAGGAGUAUCAGGCUUCUGAAGAAGGAGAAGAAAAGUGACUACGGUACUCUGAUGAUUCUGACUGGUCGUGGUCGCAAUAGCCCUGGUGGAAUACCGCGGAUUAAACCUGCCGUAGAAGACAGACUGAAAGCGCGUGGCUUAAAAUAUAGACUGGACAAUCCAGGCCUGAUCCGUACCAAGAUCCUUCGGACUUCCCUAAUGACAGAUAGUCUCUAUGAUAACAAUUAAAAAUCUAUGUGUAUGUAUGACAGAGACAUUCCCGUGUAUUUUUGUUUGUGUUGUUACUUCGUUUUAUUUGAGAUUGCAUUAUAUUGGUACAAAUAUUUACACGUAUAUAAAUAAUGGGUGAUUCGUGUACGGUAGAUUCGACAUGUCCAUAUCAUUUCAUUCGAUUGAACAGGGUACACAAAGAGGUGCGUCAAAAUCAUCGUCUGCAAUUGUUAAAAAAAUACUUUUUUUUUCUAAAAUUAUUAUUUUAACAUUACUGCAAAGUGUGAUAUUGCUCGACGUACUUCAAUAUUUUUAAAUUAUAGUAGGUAAACAUCUUGAAAUUUGGCAACGAUAAACAUUUUAUAAAAUUAAGUCGUUUAAUUAAGUUGUUAUUUUAUUCGAAAUAUAUAUAAUGUUAAUGAUUUAUUAUUUUGGGGACGAUAUCGCUGCCACAUUUCAAUUACGUUCGUUUUUGUUUUGUUUUUUGUGGAUCUUCUACAUCUGCAAAGUUAUUCAUUUCUUGGUACAAAUUGUGUCUGAUUUACCGCAUCCGGAUUUACAUCCUAUUAUAUAUACAUUUAAGUACAUAUAUUUUAU